AACCGGGUUGAACCAGAUGAUUUGUUUCUUAACCUCAAAUUUCGUGUUUUAUAGCCAGACGCUGUGUUUUAAGAAAAUUUUUCUCAGUCGUUUCAUUGUCCGUAAAAUAAUUUGAACUGUGUGUUUGAUUAGACCUGCCUCAAUGGCUUCCCAUGAUGGAACAAACUACGAGUGUCUUGGGCACUUUAACAUGGAACUGUUUUACUUUUCCGAGAUCCUAGAGACUUUUAGUCUCAAUUCGCCCCAUAUUGAUGCCACGUCCGUUAGCUAUAUGAUAAAGAUUGUCCAGACAAUUGAUAGUCUCUUGAAUGGGGGAAAAGUAAAGAAAAUUUACAAUCCUAAGGUGCGUUUCAGUCCGGAGAUUUUUAACAAAGUGACCCUUGAGAGAAAUUUUCAUUGUUUCUCCUGCAACAAUGGUGUCCCAUUUCUCUGGACAGACUUCCUAAAACAUAUGAAGGAAUGUGGCAAGGAGAGAAUAAGCAAGAAAAUUGUCAAGCCACCGAACAAAAAGACUCAUGAAAUCAAAGAAAUACAUUCAGUGGGUAGCGAAAGCAGCCUUUCGGAACAUUCAAGUUCCCUGGCUUCUCUGGCUUCAUAUCAUGAAGACAAUUUCAAACGUGCUUUGGCUAAAAAUACCAAGGAAUCAUCAAGAGCUGCACCAAAAGCUUCUAGUAGUAAGGAGGGAGAUCAGUUCAAGAAACAAAAGAAGGAACUCAAGGAACUAAAGAAGCUGAUCAAAGCCAAGAAGAAGCAGACGAAGCUGGAUGCCAAGAAGCAGAGCUUCACCACGCUCAAGAAAAAGACAAUUUUGCUUCUUAAAAUGGUCGAUGAGACAAUCAGUCAGAAUGUGGCAAUUGGGGAGAAAAUCAUAAAUUUGAGCGUUUACAAGGAAAUCACCAAUGAUCUGGAGAAGAUUUUGGGAGUGGAGUAUCCGGAAGUGAAAGUUUAUGUUUUUGGCAGUCGAAAGACCGGCUUGGGUACUCAAAGUGGUGACUUAGAUCUCUUUGUGGACGUUAAGAAUCACUACAACAUGCCACUCAAAUCAAAGGAAGAAAAUGCAGAGAUUGUAGAGAAGGUGCAUGAACUUCUGGUGCGAUCGAACUCCAACUGGGACAAAUUUGUCUCAAUUACAAGUGCCCGCACACCAAUUCUCAAAACCUUCAACACUGUGCACAAAAUUCCCUGUGAUCUUUCUUUCACAAAUGGACUAUCACAUAUCAAUACGUCCCUCAUUCGGUACCUACUAACCCUGCAGCCUGACUGCCACAAGGUAGCUUGUUUCGUGAAAGCUUGGUACAAAUCUGUCUUUAGUGCCCGUUAUGAGGUCAACAAAGUGUCCAGUUACAUGAUAACUCUUCUGGUCAUCUUUUACAUGCAAACGAUCAAACUUCUACCGCCAAUUUCUGAUUUACAAGACUACGUGGAAAAGCCGCUGAUGAUUGGAGACUGGCAGGGUGACUUCCAGAAGCCAACUCUUGCCGAACUCAAGAUGGAAAUGUCCAAUGAUGCCCGAAAGAUCCUAAUCGGUUUCUUUCACUUUUACCACAAUUUUGACUAUGGGAAAUAUGUGGUGUGUCCACUCCUUGGACGACCAAUAGAGAGGGCUCUCUUUGAUACACCCGAACUCCUUCCGCACCGAAUGAUACGCUACAAGGAGUUUGUGCAGAAACUGGCUCCAAGUCCUGAGAAUGCAAAGGAACUCCUUGCAACGGAUACGUCAAUGUGUGUCCAGGAUCCCCUUGAAUUGUGUCACAAUGUGGCUAAAGGCAUCCACAUCGAUCUCUUUGCCAAAUUCACGAUUCUCUGUGAAAAGUCACGCGCAGUUUUGCUAGAAACGGGAGGAGGAAAUGUUUGAAGGAUUUUUUUUGAAAUCAUUUUUUUUUAUUGACAAAAACUCUAAUAAAAGCGUGUUAAUCAUCA